AACGCUUGUGAGAAGAAAGAAACAUAACUCGCGACCAAAAAAAUUUGCAGAUUCUUGAAAACUAUUAGGGUUGAUUUGAUUCAUGGGCUUACUAGAUCAUCUCUGGGAUGAUACCGUCGCUGGUCCUCGGCCAGAUAACGGCCUUGGCAAGCUUCGGAGACACCAUACCUUCAGUUUCCGGCCUAGCUCCGGCAAUGAUCAAUCGGACGGUGGAAGCGUGAGAUCGUACGGUGAAGUAUCACCAGAGGAGGCCGUGAAGGUAACACGCAGCAUCAUGAUAAUAAAACCACCAGGAUACCAAGGCGGUUCAGCUCCGGUUUCACCGGCCGGUUCAACUCCGCCGGUAUCUCCUUUCUCUGAGCAAACGCAGGAGGAAAGGAACCCUUUCGGUUUAGGAGAAGGUCGACGUCGGACGCGUUCGAUAAGGGAGCAGGAUCAGAGAAUGGACCAAGGAACUCUCCUCCUACUUACGGCCUGUGAUCUCUAAUCUCUAACUCAAAUGAGAGAUAGAAGAAGAAAAAGAACAGAGUAGCUCCCCAACACGCUUUCGUUUAGACGACACAUCAAUCAAGUGGUCCUUCCUUGCAUGCAGAGUUCGUGUUUCUUCCGUUUGUAGGCCUAAAGAGGUUCUCUUUUUGUGUGUGUUUGUGCGUGUAUGAGUUUGUUCUCUGUGUGUGUGUGUGUUGUGAAUACGUCUCUGUUUUUUUUUUCCUUUCUUUUUCUGUAUGUCAUCUCGCUUUCGCAGUGCUUCUACGUGUCUGUACAUAUUUGCUGGAGUGAUAAUAAAAAUAAGUAGAUGCUUAAUGUCA